ACAAUUUUAAGUAUUUACAGUUCUUAUGUUUUGAGUUUCAUCAAAAAAACAAAAUUGAUUAUGUCAAAAAAUGGGUUUGCUUAAAAAAUUUUAUUUUUCUCCGCACAUUUGAAAACUACUGGAAAUUUCUUACUUUUGAUAUCCUCAAUCCUCCUUAAAGUGCCUACUAGGUUCUCUUCUCUACUAGAAAGAUUCUGAAGCAUUAUAAAAUUAGAACAUUUUUACCGUCCCAAUACUGCAGAUGGAACGAGCCAACGGGGACAUGACCGCUUUAGCCCUCUUGCAGUACGCCACUGCAUACACAAAAUGUAAAAUAAUAUUAAUUAUGAAAUAGUUAUCUAAGGACUGAAGCGAUGCGAUAGCAGUUUCUCUCGUAUUAGUUGUACCAGAAGCUAGUGUUAAUAAUAAAAUAAAUACCUACCACAGAAAAAAAAAUGUCCAAUUGUAAAUUAUGGAAAAUAAAUAUGGUACUUUCUUGAAAUAAGGAAAUGGAUUUUUUCGAAUACCUACUAUAGUUUUGUGUAAAAAAUCCGUUUUUCCUUAGUUUUUUUUUUUACUUGCCUGAUUACUUUGAAAAAUACUGGAAAUUCGAGAUCGUAAAUCGUGUACAGAUACAAAAGAAAACAAGUAUAAAAUCCAUACAUUCAUCGCUAUUAUAUUCAAGCGUUAAAGUACAAUGAAAUUUAUAUAUAUUCGAGCCUUAUAUUAUGAAAUACUGGACUUAACUACUUAAGUGAUUUAAAUUUGUAAUCAUAACUCAAGUCCAAAGUACCUAACAUAUCUGUAGAAGACAUAUUAUAUAAUAUUAUAUAGUAUUCUUGGCACUGUUGUUAUGUGUUUAUAUCAUAUUAUAUACUGUGUUAUUUUACUUUGAACUCGGUAUCAAGGUCUUCGACUGAUUGAAUAUUGUUAUCAAAGUAGCUAGUUUAAUACGUAUUAAAGACUGAAGUGGUAUAUCUAAACCCGUUUUGCCGAGAACAUUACCUACCUAUAUUAGUAUUCUAUAACUGAAUUUUAGUUAUCAGCAUUGAUACAGUGUAGUAGUGCACGAGUUGGUGUCGGGCGAGUCUACACCAAAUUAUGUGUCGAAUUUUUUACUUGCCUGUUCAAUUUGUUUUUAAGGAUCUAAUGACUGUUAAAUGUACUCAAUCUAAGUGAACAAGCCUGCAGUGUAAUAUUAAAAACAAUUUUCGUCCAACAUGUUGCCGAGCAUGUUUUUUUGUUCAGUUUUGUGUAUCGCAGCCUGCACCAUAGUCACAAGGGCCGCAAAUAUAUUAGUAUUUAUGCCGUUGCCGAUGAAAAGCCACUUUCGAGGAUUUCAACCGUUGUUCGAAGAGUUAGCUCACCGAGGACACAAUGUAACGGUAGCUAGUUCAUUCCCUCUAGAUCGUCCGCUCGUCAACUACACAGAUGUAGGGCCAUUCGUUAACAAAGGAAGGCUGAGAAAUGUCAUGGAAUUAGUGCAUAUGAACUUCGUGACGUCUGUCCAAUUAAAAUGGGACCUUGGCAUAAGGAUGUCCGAUUCCGUCAUGUCACACGAGAACAUGAAAAAUUUCGUCCAGUCGAGUUCGAAUUCGUUCGACUUGGUUAUAAUCGAAACGUUCUGCCAAGAGUACACUGUCGCCAUGGGCCACAAAUACAACGCCCCCGUCAUAAAUCUGUCGCCGGCGAUGCCCUGGGUCAGUGUUAGCAAAUGGCUGGACGUCCCUGCCACAUAUUCGUACAUACCGGACAUGUGUUUGCAAUCAACAGGCGAUAUGGGUUUCAUAGAGCGUUUAAAAAACACCAUAAGCGGCCUCAUGCAGUCGUAUGCAGACAAUUUCGUGUAUUUUCCCAAAAUGAAGGAAACGAUGGACACAUACAUCACGUACGACGGUUGGGAGUCCAGGCCUCCGCUCGAGCAAAUGCUGAAAAAUGUCUCCCUAACACUGGUCAACUCAAAUUAUUAUGCGAUUGGUGUCGCCAGACCGUAUCUUCCCGGUAUCGUCGAAGUGGGCGGAAUGCACAUAAAACCCCCGAAUCCUCUACCCGAGAAUCUUCAAAUAUUUUUAGAUGCUGCUGACGAAGGAGCAAUAUUUUUCAGUUUCGGUUCGAUUAUUAAUUUAAAUGACUUACCCAAUGAAAAAUUGGAAAUUGUUUUAAGUGUUAUUCAAAAAUUAAAACAAAAAGUAAUUAUAAAAUGGACACCUAAUGACGGUGUAAAACUGUCUGAAAACAUUAUGACUGGUUCGUGGUUUCCUCAAAACGACAUUUUAGCACAUCCAAACGUUAAACUAUUCAUAACCCAUGGAGGAUUGCAUAGCAUAGAAGAAACCAUUAGUAACGCAAUACCUGUAGUUGGAAUACCAUUUUUUGCUGACCAGUAUUUAAACAUGAAAAUAGCCGAGGAGAAAGGUUAUGGUAAACUUGUAAAUUUUUUUGAAAUGACUGAAGAAUCGUUUGGAAAUGCCGUCAAAGAAUUGCUGUCGAAUGUGAUGUAUAAAGAGACGGCAAAGGUCCAGAGUCAGGUAUUUAAAGAUCAACCAAUGAAACCCUUGGAUCUAGCUGUUUACUGGGUCGAAUAUGUUAUUCGGAAUGGUGGAGCUGAACAUCUUAUAAGUGGCUCAAUAGAGUUAAAUGAUGCACAGUAUUUUUUGUUAGACAUAUCAUUGAUUUUGUUUGUAUUAAUUGGACUGAUCAUUUGGUUAUGUUAUUUGGUAGUGGCAAAAGCAAUAUCCAAAAAAUUAAAUACAGAUUGAUUGUUUUAAAACUUGUUUAAUAAUGUUUUAUAAAACCUUGA